UCCAUGCGGGACCUCCCAGCCCUGAAGACAAACAUCAGUGACAGACAUCAGUGGCAGAAUGGCCUCCUGGUAUGUGGCAAUGGGAAUGAUCUUCUUAUCACAGACCAUGGUGGGAGUCCUGGGGAGCUUCUCUCUUCUCCAUUAUCUCUCCCUUUACUACAUUGGGUGCAGGUUAAGGUCCACAGAUUUGAUUGUUAAGCACUUGAUUGCAGCCAGCUUCUUGGCUCUUCUCUGUAAAGGAGUCCCCCAGACAAUGGCAGCUUUCCGGGUUAGAUAUUUUCUCAAUGCGAUUGGGUGCAAACUUGUUUUCUAUCUCCACAGAGUGGGCAGGGGAGUGUCCACUGGCACCACCUGCCUCUUGAGUGUCUUCCAGGUGAUCACGGUCAGCUCCAGGAAAUCCAGGUGGGCAAAACUCAAAGAGAAAGCUCCCAAGCAUGUUGGCUUUUCUGUUCUCCUGUGCUGGAUCCUGUGCAUGUUGGUAAACAUCAUCUUUCCCAUGUAUGUGACUGGCAAACGGAACCACACAAACAUCACAGUGAACAAGGAUUUGGGAGACUGUUGUGGGGGAGGCAACAACAAAAUCGCACAGACACUGUGUGCAAUGUUGUUAUCAUUCCCUGAUGUGUUGUGUCUGGGGUUCAUGCUCUGGGCCAGCAGCUCCAUGGUUUGCAUCCUGCACAGGCACAAGCAGCGGGUCCAGCACAUUCAUGGGAGCAAUCUCUCCCCCAGAGCCUCCCCAGAGAACAGAGCUACGCAGAGCAUCCUCAUCCCGGUGAGCACCUUUGUGUCUUCUUACACUCUCUCCUGCCUUUUACAAGUUUGUAUGGCUCUUUUGGAUAAUCCCAAUAGUUUACUGGUGAACACUUCAGCCUUAAUGAGUGCAUGUUUCCCAACUCUCAGCCCCUUUGUUCUCAUGAGCUGUGACCCCAGUGUAUACAGGCUUUGCUUUGCCUGGAAAAGAUGACAAGAUCUCCUAACCUCAUCAUAAACAUGUACAUUGUAUAUAUUUGCUCAUGGUUCAAUUGAUGAUUUACUCUUCUGUGCAGCA